AUGCAGAAGAGCGUGCGCUACAACGAGGGGCACGCCCUGUACCUGGCCUUCCUAGCCCGCAAAGAGGGCACCAAGCGCGGCUUCCUGAGCAAGAAGGCAACCGAGGCGAGCCGCUGGCACGAAAAGUGGUUCGCCCUCUACCAGAAUGUGCUCUUCUACUUUGAGGGCGAGCAGAGCUGCCGCCCGGCGGGCAUGUACCUCCUGGAGGGCUGCAGCUGUGAGCGGGCACUCGCGCCGCCCAGGGCCGGGGCCGGGCCGGGCGGCGCCCGGGACGCUCUGGAUAAGCAGUAUUACUUUACUGUUCUUUUUGGCCACGAAGGUCAGAAACCACUAGAGCUGCGCUGUGAGGAGGAGCAGGACGGUAAAGAGUGGAUGGAGGCCAUUCACCAAGCCAGUUAUGCAGACAUUUUGAUUGAGAGGGAAGUGUUAAUGCAGAAGUACAUUCAUCUAGUUCAGAUCGUAGAGACAGAAAAAAUUGCAGCUAACCAACUCCGACAUCAACUUGAAGAUCAAGAUACAGAAAUCGAAAGGCUUAAAUCAGAGAUUGUCGCCCUUAAUAAAACCAAGGAACGAAUGCGACCUUAUCAAAGCAAUCAAGAAGAUGAGGAUCCAGACAUCAAGAAGAUUAAAAAGGUUCAGAGCUUCAUGCGAGGAUGGUUAUGUAGAAGGAAAUGGAAGACCAUUGUGCAGGAUUACAUUUGUUCCCCUCAUGCUGAAAGUAUGAGGAAGAGAAACCAGAUUGUGUUCACCAUGGUUGAGGCCGAGUCGGAGUACGUUCACCAGCUCUACAUCCUGGUCAAUGGCUUCCUGCGGCCCCUGCGCAUGGCGGCCAGCUCCAAGAAGCCCCCCAUCAGCCACGAUGAUGUCAGCAGUAUUUUUCUCAACAGUGAAACCAUCAUGUUUCUUCAUGAAAUAUUUCAUCAAGGACUGAAGGCAAGGAUAGCCAAUUGGCCUACUUUAAUUUUAGCUGAUCUGUUUGAUAUUUUGCUCCCCAUGCUGAACAUUUACCAAGAAUUUGUGCGUAAUCACCAGUACAGCCUCCAAGUGCUCGCCAAUUGUAAGCAAAACAGAGAUUUUGACAAACUCUUAAAACAGUACGAAGCUAACCCUGCCUGUGAGGGGAGGAUGCUGGAGACGUUCUUGACCUAUCCAAUGUUUCAGAUCCCCAGGUAUAUCAUCACACUUCAUGAACUCCUAGCUCAUACUCCCCAUGAGCAUGUGGAGAGGAAAAGUCUGGAGUUUGCUAAAUCCAAACUAGAAGAACUGUCCAGGGUCAUGCACGAUGAAGUGAGUGACACUGAAAACAUAAGGAAGAACCUCGCCAUAGAAAGAAUGAUUGUAGAGGGCUGUGAUAUUUUGCUGGACACUAGCCAAACUUUCAUCCGCCAAGGUUCUCUUAUUCAAGUACCUUCCGUUGAGAGGGGGAAACUUAGUAAAGUUCGCCUGGGUUCAUUGUCUUUGAAAAAGGAAGGAGAAAGACAAUGCUUCUUGUUUACAAAACACUUUUUAAUUUGUACAAGAAGUUCAGGAGGAAAGCUGCAUCUGCUCAAGACAGGUGGAGUUCUCUCUCUAAUAGAAUGUACAUUGGUUGAGGAGCCCGAUACAAGCGAUGAUGACUCCAAAGGUUCUGGGCAAGUGUUUGGACACCUGGAUUUUAAAAUAGUGGUGGAGCCUCCUGACGCUGCCCCUUUCACUGUGGUCUUGUUAGCACCUUCACGCCAGGAGAAAGCUGCCUGGACAAGUGACAUCAGUCAGUGUGUGGACAACAUACGGUGUAAUGGUUUAAUGACUGUAGUGUUUGAAGAAAAUUCCAAAGUUUCUGUGCCACAUAUGAUUAAGUCUGAUGCCCGUCUUCACAAGGAUGACACUGACAUUUGCUUCAGUAAAACACUCAACUCCUGCAAAGUGCCCCAGAUCCGUUAUGCCAGUGUGGAGCGCCUGUUGGAGCGACUGACAGACCUGCGGUUUCUUAGUAUCGAUUUCCUCAAUACCUUUCUGCACACCUAUCGGAUUUUCACGACGGCAGCCGUGGUGCUGGGGAAACUUUCUGACAUAUACAAGAGGCCUUUCACCUCUAUCCCCGUCAGGUCCUUGGAAUUGUUUUUCGCUACCAGCCAGAACAGCAGAGGUGAACACUUGGUGGAUGGCAAAUCCCCGCGCCUGUGUCGCAAAUUCUCUUCCCCACCACCACUGGCUGUGUCCAGAACGUCCUCCCCAGUGAGGGCCAGAAAGUUGUCCUUGACUUCUCCCUUGAACUCAAGGAUAGGAGCAUUGGACCUGACCACCUCCUCGGCGUGCAACAGUCCUACAACCACUCACAGCCCUGCUGCAUCCCCACCACCACACACUGGUAAAGUACCACUGGAUCUUAGCCGAGGCCUUUCUUCUCCAGAACAAAGCCCAGGAUCUGUAGAAGAGCAUGUAGAUAACCCCCGCGUGGAUCUGUGUAACAAGCUAAAACGAAGUAUUCAAAGAGCAGCAGUGCUAGAGUCUGCGCCGGUGGACCGAGCAGGAGUGGAAGGCUCCCCCGCGGCAGAUGCCACCGAACUUUCACCUUGCAGGUCACCCUCAACUCCUCGGCACCUCCGCUACCGCCAGCCCGGAGGACAGACGGCCGACAACUCCCCCUGCUCUGUUUCACCUGCUUCUGCUUUUGCAAUUGCCACAGCUGCAGCAGGACAUGGGAGUCCACCCGGAUUUAACAACACCGAGAGAACAUGUGACAAAGAGUUUAUCAUACGUAGAACAGCCACCAAUCGCGUACUGAACGUCCUCCGGCACUGGGUCUCAAAGCACGCACAGGAUUUUGAACUCAACAACGAACUAAAGAUGAACGUCCUAAACUUGCUAGAAGAAGUUUUGAGAGACCCAGAUCUUCUUCCCCAAGAACGGAAAGCCACAGCGAAUAUCCUGAGGGCCCUUUCACAAGAUGAUCAAGAUGACAUUCACCUAAAACUGGAGGAUAUAAUUCAACUGACGGACUGUCCAAAGGCCGAGUGCUUUGAGACCUUGUCAGCCAUGGAGCUGGCUGAGCAGAUCACCCUCCUGGACCACAUCGUUUUCAGAAGCAUUCCCUACGAAGAAUUUCUUGGGCAGGGGUGGAUGAAGCUGGAUAAAAAUGAAAGAACACCUUACAUUAUGAAAACCAGCCAACACUUCAAUGAUAUGAGUAACCUGGUGGCCUCCCAGAUCAUGAAUUAUGCGGAUGUCAGCUCCCGAGCCAACGCAAUUGAGAAGUGGGUGGCCGUGGCGGACAUCUGCCGGUGCCUGCACAACUACAACGGCGUGCUGGAGAUCACCUCAGCCUUAAACAGAAGUGCCAUCUACCGGCUGAAGAAAACCUGGGCCAAGGUGUCCAAGCAGACAAAAGCUCUAAUGGACAAGCUUCAGAAGACUAUUUCAUCUGAAGGAAGAUUUAAAAAUCUCAGAGAAACCCUUAAAAAUUGUAACCCCCCUGCUGUUCCUUAUCUGGGGAUGUACCUGACAGACCUGGCAUUUAUUGAAGAAGGAACACCAAACUUUACUGAGGAAGGCCUCGUCAAUUUCUCCAAGAUGAGAAUGAUAUCACACAUCAUCAGAGAGAUACGCCAGUUUCAGCAGACUUCCUAUCGAAUAGACCAUCAGCCAAAGGUCACUCAGUACUUGCUUGACAAAGCCCUCAUCAUAGAUGAAGAUACACUGUAUGAGCUGUCUCUAAAAAUUGAACCUCGGCUCCCUGCUUGACGAUCCAGCCUUGCCCCAAGUCCGUGGAAUUUUCGUGGAAAGCAGAAGGGACAGAACUGUGCAUGCCACGCCUCCCACAGUGCAGGGAGGACGGGGGUGAUGGAGACGAAGACAGUCUCCUUUGUCCCCCGAAGAUGAUGGAACCAAAAGGGAAUUCUGUCUCCAGCCAGGGAAGCCCAGUUGGUUGGAGUUGAAGACAGAUGCUUCAGACUUGGGUGGGAAGGUGAAGAGAGUGAUAUUUGGUAAAGCUGAGGGCACAUUUGCAUGAGGGAAUAUAAGAUGAGAGGUGCUGGUAGCCAUUUUAAUGAAGCAGGUAAAAGAGGAAUUUUAAACUCUGCUGCAUGUUCUAUUAGAACUCGGGGACGAGGGUCCUUGGAAAAGACUUGUGAUGUUUCGCGGGCACUUUACUGGCCCGGUGCACCUCCCGGUCUUCUCCUAGGGUUUAACUGCUUCUGUUACAUUUCCUUUGUUACAGGCUUCCAGAAGAGCCGAGGCUGCCUCUGUAGGGAUGGGCCGACACAUAAGCAAUUUCAGUCCUCAGCAUGUGCAUGGUUCUCAGUGCAUCAUAAAUAUUUAUACUGGAAGAAUGGCAUGUUCUGCAACUGCUCUUUCAGUCUUUAGGCAACAGGACAGGAAAGACAGGUUGAAAGUCAAGUGGAUUUGUACGUAACAUUUCCAUAAUUAAAAACUCAGUAGCUGUGCCCCUGCGGAGCCCAGCCAGUGGCUCUCUCGAGGUGGAGGAGUGGGGGGCUUCUUCCUGAGGCUGUGGAGACCAGGAAGCCAAUGCCCUUGGAGAGACAGGUGCAGGCUUUGCCAAAUGAUGCCCACGCACCUCACCGGCAAAACUGUGGAAUACGACAAAAGGCCACAAAGUGCUACGGGGAAGAGUGGGUUUCAAAGCUAAGUGAAAAGAUAUACUUAAAAAUAAUCUCUGCACCUUGCUGUGCUUGGUUUCUUCCCCCCCGCCGCUCCCCACCAUUGGUAAUGUGGGAAUCUAUUCUGAUUUACACAAACCAUUUUUAGCCUCACUAUGAACGUUGAUUGUAUUUUUUUAAGCUGUUUAGUGGGAUUUUCUUUUUAAAACCCACCCUUCCGUGUGCUGUUGGUAGAAGGUUCUUCCCCAGUCUCUAAAUUUUGAGACAUUUCUGAGUGAAAAUAUUGUAAGUAUAUGGGAAAUGGACCCAACCACUCAACAGCCCUUGUGUCAGAAAACCAAAUGCAGGGGUUAGUCCUCCUACCCUAGGCUGGGAAAGCAACCUUGCUUCUCUCAGGAUUGUUGGUUGUUGGAGAAAUAGGGCUAUCUCAUGUUUACUUCCCUCUUCUCUUCUCAGGGAGACCUCUGCUUUCAAAGAAGAGAAAAGAUAUAGAGUUAUUGUUACCUGAGCCUAUUGCAUCUGGCAGGCAUGAAGCAUAUUGAUGCAGACAAUGAAAAAAAAUUGACCUGGCUGCUUUCUCUGUUUCUUUGCACUUUAAUUAUGUUGUUAGAGCUGACAGCUGACUAAUAAAUUCAACUUGCUGGCUCAUAAGACCCAGAGAACUGAUAAUGUCCCACAGAGGUGGAGAAUGUACAUUUUUCCUGCAUGGUAAGAGCCAUGUCUGUACAUAACUAUGUAGUGAAAUAUCAAGUAAGUAAAAGAAAAUACUUAAAAUAUUUGAAGACCAUUCCAAUAAUAUUUUCAAUAGCUCAUAUUAGCCAACAGGAUAGCACUAAACCCAAGGAGGGUGACUUAUUGGAUGCUUUAUUUUUCUUUUUUAAAAGAAAGUUGCUUGUUUUUUCUCUUUAAUUUCAAAUAAGAGGUUGAUGCAUUUGAUGCAUGAUAAGAAGCAUGGGUUGUUUGGAUCCUAACAAUGCAUAACUUACAAUUUGUUUCUCAAUGUUCAGGAACAGAGUUGGAACUAAUAUAUGUCAAUUGCACCAAGCACCUCAAAGUCUUGCAAAAGAAUAAGAAAGUAAGGUUAACUUUCUUGGUGCAAAAACAUAGUUUUGAAGGUGAACUAAAACCAGGACAAAUCAGUGAAAGGACCACACACAUAGUAGUUUCAGGCAGAGCAACACGCAGAAAGGUUGAUGCAUCUGACUCUGCCCUUAG